GAAUUGCGAACCAUAACAAAGCAGAGCAAGGUUCGUAGUCAAAGGACUUCUUCUGUAGCCUUGGCCGGGUGUUUGCGUCUAUAUAUCGUUCGAUUCUAAGACCUACUCUCAGAAAGAAUACACAAAAACAUGGGUCGUAUAUUUCUCAAUCACCCCGGCGGGAUCACUUUGUAUUCUUGUGCGAACUGCGAUACAGCUUUGACGAACAGAUCGGAGUUAACAUCAAUGGUACGUACACGACUAAUAAAUACUGGCUUCUUGGCUUUCACCUUGGGUUGAUUUUUACACAAAUCGAAUAGAAAUUGGAGGAAGACUGGCAUACUUCGUUUUAACAUGUCAUUCUUGAAUUUUUAUUUUGGAGAUCCACUGCGCAAAUUACCCACGUCUGAUCUCGCUUUUUGCGUCAGAUCGAAAAUUCAGUAUCAUUUAAAUGUGAACUUUCCCCAACAAUCAGUUACCUUGUGAACGAUACCAAAGUGCUGUUGAUAAUUCCUUUUCACCUAGUCUUCACGAUGAUUUUUCCCAAGUUACUAUCAAUCUUGCUUCGACUUUGGACAUUUUGUGGGUUUCGGAAUGAUUGAAAUUGAAAAUUUACUCUAUGCUAUUUUCAGCUGUUAAAGUGUCAAUUUCGUCAGAUAAUUCUGACUGGAAAUAAUAUUUCCGAUUAAAACCACAGUCCUGCAUUCCCUUCGCAGAUUAUUUAACGUUAAUUUGUUUUUGUUUCCGUUUGAAUCAUUAACCCUCUAAUCAGAGAUUCAAUGGAGCUACUGGAAGGGCGUUUUUGUUCAAGAAAGUGUGAGUGUCGUUUUUUUUCUUUUUUUUUAUCAUUACUGUUUUUUUCCAUUAUCAUCUUCUUCGUCGACAUUGUUGAAAUUUAAGUCCAAAGCAAGUAGUAUCAAUUGGACAUCAUCAUGUUACAAUAUUAUUACAUCGAUUUAAAAAAUAAUUAUCCGUUUAAUCAAUCCUUAUAUCAUUUUUACUAUUAAAAGUAUAAUGAAUGUUGACAAUCAGACAUAGUUUGAUGCUACUCUGGUUUACAGAUUUAAUGAAUGUAACCAAAGAAGUUACAAUUCACAGACCCAACAUUUUAACACUCCUGUCUAGUGCCUUCAUUAGGGGUGAUCUAAAUGCUACAACAAGAGGUCCUUUUAGACAAUCACUAAUUAGCUGCCUUUAAAAAAAAAAAAAUAAAAAAAAAAAGGCAGCUGAUUAGAGAUCACAUAAAAGGACCUCUUGUUGCAGCAUUUAGAUCACCCCUGAUCAAGGCAUUAGACAGAAGUAUCAAAAUGUUGGGUCUAUGAAUUAAAACUUCUUUGGUUACAUUCAUUAAAUCUGUAAACCAGAGUAGCAUCAAACCAUGUCUGAUUGUCCACCUGGUUGCCAUGUGAACUUUAAUGUAUUGAAUGGUAAAAAAUAUUACUAUUUAUUACUGUUAUAGCUGAGUGUUUUUUAACUUACUGUUGACUCAUUUUUGUUCAAGUCUUUUAUUGGAUAGUGAAUGAAUAUAAAUUUUGCAACUGUCUAUGACUGAGAAAAAGCCAAAGCUAAACAGAUUUCCUCUGUCUUACAGGGUUAAUUUAACAUUCAGCAAUGUUCAGGAUAGAGUAAUGGUAUGUUAUUACUUUAUGGUGGUAUAUAUUACUGGUUUAAUUAACUCUUAAGCUCCCAUGAUCUGAUAGUUAAUUCUCCCCUCUAGGUGCUACACAUUUCCUUGUAAAUUAGUUAUAAGAAUUCAGUAUUAAAUCAAGUCAACAAAUUCGACCCAGUGAGUUUAUUAUUAUUAAUGUGUUUGCUGGAAAAUGUAUGGAUGUUAUAGGGGGAAGUUACAUUUUAAUAACUAUUGGAAGUUAAAGUGUUAAAAUUGAUUCCAAGGGUGCAGGGUCAAGGUUUUCCAUCAAGGAGCUUCUGUAUUAAGGAGGCAAGUUAUAUAAGUGGAACCAUAGGUUAUAAGGGCCACCUUGUUUAACUAGGAAAAAUAACAAUUUAUGACAAUAGAACAACAAGCCAUUGCCUAAAUUCCAGUCACAUACAACUUAAAAACCUCCUAGCUUUGCCUGUGGAAUCGUUUCUUUGCAAUCUGAAGCUUAUAGCUUGCAUCUGUAGCAAUGUAUACUUAAUUUGAAAUUUCAGUUUGUAUUUGCUGUAAGUUUACUUUAGUUCAAAUUCUUUCUGCAGCUUACUGGAAGGCACAUGGUCAGAGAUGUCUUCUGUAAGAACUGCGAUUCAAAACUUGGCUGGAUGUAUGUAAGUGUUCGGGAGCACUCCAUGUUUUUUUCUGUUUUCGUCUUUUUCUAUCAUCACAUCUUUGGGAAACAAAACUAAAGGGCUUUUUAGAAUGAGAAAAUCAUUUGCCUACAGGAUAGUUUCAAAUAUCUUUGGGAAAUAAAUUGAUUAACUGAUUAAAUGUAAUACUGGUCUGCAACAUGAACAUGUGAGUGUGUAGGACACUUUUAUUGCAAUAAUCAAUUCAGAUACUCAGUCACUGUAGCUUAAGUCAAACCAGUAGAUUCAGGAAGUUGUUGUUGUUAUCUAUUUUAACUCAUGUUUAUCAUCUCAGGAAUAUGCAACAGAGGAGAGCCAACAAUACAAGGUACAAUUAAUGUUACUAAAUCUAAAGUUAUUAGACUUCAAGAUUCGAUCAUUCCCUACCCAACCUACCCUUUACUUAACAGGUUCAACCAGUUCAGUGCCCAGUGUUUUCUUAACAGUUGUACGACCAUGGAGGGAAAGCAAAUGCAUGGUUUGGCAUGGCCAGAAUGAACUGGGCUGAGACACAUCUAACAUGAGACACACCCUGCCUCGUCUGGGUCUCUUCUCAGUCUCUACUUUCCCAAAGUUUUUGCUCCAUAAUCGGGGCAUGGGCCCUACCCCUUACUUAACCAUUUAUUCUCCAUUUAGUUUAUCUUACAUUCUUUUUCAGUUGUAAAGCUUAGAAGUGUGGGGGCUCCUUCAUGCAAAAUUAGGAAAUUCUUUUGAUGUUAUCAUGGAAAUGCAUAACAAAUGAAACUGAUCUUAAUUUUUCUAUAUUCUGUUGUGCAAUGACUGUAGGAGGGCCAAGUUAUUCUGGAGCGGGCUUUGGUGACUGAAAGUGAAGGAAUUGAAGAAAUUGGUGACUUUGAUCACUAGCAUUUUAGUUUGUUAACUUUUGAAUUUCAGUGAUGAAAGCUGUUGUACAUAAAAUAUUAUGAAAUAUUUAAAGUGAUACUUUGGGCAAAGUAGGGAACUUUCAGAAAUAAGAUAUUCAAUCAUUUGAAUAUUUAGACAUUUGAUUUUGAAAUAAGGGUAAGGGCAACUCUGAACUACUUGUUUCCCAUUUUUAGGAGUACGGCUUUAACAACAAUUAUCUGAUCUGUUCAUUGUUAUUCAAAUGAUUAUGAAUGUUUCAGCUGCUUAAAUUUUAGUAAUUACAAGUUGCAAAUUCUCCUGUACAUAAAGUUUAUACUGUAUAUAUUGCAUAUACCAUAUACCGAUUGACAAAUUUUAAUAUAUUUCACCAUUGAGCAUAAAGUAACAGCUUUCCCAUAUUAAGUAACAUCAACAUGGAACAAAAUUUUGCAUAAUGUAAUGUGAACAAUUGUUCUUGUCUCUGUAUCAGGGAUAAGUAAGGCAAAUGAAAGUGUUUUUUCUGAUUUAUUGGUUUCCAAGACUGUUCUUGUUUUAACCUACAAAAUCAUUGUAAUUUCACUCAUUACAGAAAUGGGAUAAGAGCCGGUGGGAGAGGCUAGAUUAAUGGCAUCUCAAGUUAAUCUGUGAAUUAUUAUUGGUGAUUGUAUUUAGACUAUUAGGAACUAAGUUGUAAAUUGGCAGAGUAUGAGCAGAAUCACUGACACCUAAUGAGGAACAUUUUGGGCAUUAGGAAACUUCUGAGCAUUUUGAAUUUUGCUUCAGUAAAAACUGAUAUUUACAUUAAAAGGGUCAUUCCAACAUUCAGUUCAUUUCAAUCCUUCCCAAUUUUGUUGAUCUACACAUUUGUUGGGACCUGCUGCAUCUAACGAGUUUUCCAAAUAUUUCCAGCUGUUUUUGAUUGACUUUUGCAGCAAUACUUUGGACUUUUGAACAAUGCUCCCCUAUCUGAUCUGUUGUUGUAAUCAAGUUUGUUACCAGGUUUGAAUCAUUAAAGGUGUCGAACUUGUUCAACUUUGAGCAGAUUGCAGGAAUUCGAACUCAGGUAAGGGCUUCACAACCUACAAGUUUAAGUCACUUUUUUGGGUAAGAUGUUAAAUCAAGAAUCUGCUUUAAUCAGUAUGGUAUAUGCAAUACAUCCAUGGAUUUUUCUUUUCAGGGUUUCUUCUUAAAACCUACUACCAGUACCUUCCCAUUCAUGUCCCCUCUGUCUGUUAGACAGUCCUUGUUGCACG